CCCCUGGGCGCAGCCGCUCACCUGGGCAGGUGACGGUGCCGGAGGUGACGGUGCCGCGCGGGCGCCAUGGCCGCCUCCGCCCUCUUCAUCCUGGACCUCAAGGGGAAGCCGCUGAUCAGCCGCAGCUACAAGGGGGAUGUGGGGCUGGGGGAGAUCGAGCACUUCAUGGGGGUCCUGCUGCAGCGGGAGGAGGAGGGGACCCUCACCCCCGUGCUGACCCACGGCCACGUCCACUUCCUCUGGAUCAAGCACGCCAACCUUUACCUGGUGGCCACCACGAAGAAGAACGGGAACGUCUCCUUGGUCUUCUCCUUCCUCUACAAGGUGGUGGAGGUGUUCUGUGAGUACUUCAAGGAGCUGGAGGAGGAAAGCAUCCGCGACAACUUCGUCAUCAUCUACGAGCUGCUGGACGAGCUGAUGGACUUCGGGUUCCCGCAGACCACGGACAGCAAGAUCCUGCAGGAGUACGUCACCCAGGAGGGGAACAAGCUGGACACGGGCAAGUCGCGUGUCCCCACCACGGUGACCAACGCGGUGUCCUGGCGCUCCGAGGGCAUCCGGUACAAGAAGAACGAGGUGUUCAUCGAUGUCAUUGAGUCGGUGAACCUGCUGGUGAGCGCCAACGGCAGCGUGGUGCUGAGUGAGGUGGUGGGCACCAUCAAGCUGAAGGUUUUCCUGUCGGGAAUGCCAGAGCUGCGCCUGGGCCUCAACGACCGCGUCCUCUUCGAGCUGACAGGCCGGGGGAAGAACAAGUCGGUGGAGCUGGAGGACGUGAAGUUCCACCAGUGCGUCCGUCUGUCCCGCUUCGACAACGACCGCACCAUCUCCUUCAUCCCCCCCGACGGCGACUUCGAGCUCAUGUCCUACCGCCUGCACACGCAGGUGAAGCCACUCAUCUGGAUCGAGUCCAUCAUCGAGAAGUUCUCCCACAGUCGGGUGGAGAUCAUGGUCAAGGCCAAGGGCCAGUUCAAGAAGCAGUCGGUGGCCAACGGGGUGGAGAUUGCGGUGCCGGUGCCCAGCGAUGCCGACUCCCCCAAAUUCAAGACCACGGUGGGGUCAGCGCGGUACCUCCCGGAGCGGAACGUGGUCAUCUGGAGCAUCAAGUCCUUCCCAGGGGGGAAGGAGCACCUGAUGCGCGCCCACUUCGGGCUGCCCAGCGUGGAGAAGGAGGAGGAGGAGGGGCGGCCGCCCAUCGCCGUCCGCUUCGAGAUCCCCUACUUCACCGUCUCAGGCAUCCAGGUGCGGUACAUGAAGAUCAUCGAGAAAAGCGGGUACCAGGCGCUGCCGUGGGUGCGCUACAUCACCCAGAGCGGGGAUUACCAGAUCCGCACCAGCUGAGGUGGUCUCCCAUGGAGCCCCCCCCGUCUCGGGUUCCCCCCCCACGCCCACCCCCCUCCUCUGCCCCAAUAAAGAUGGAUCUGA